UUUUUUUGCAAAAUGAAUUGGUCACCCGUUUUAAUAAGGAGCUCUCGCUACAAUUGAUUCAAUGAACAAACGAAGAGAGACUCAUUUCUACAGCAGCUGGGCAGGUUUGAGGGUUUUUACACUCUUCGUUUCUUACUCCAGCCAUCAGACUCGAUCCGGGGAUUCCCGAUAGAGACCCCAGCGGCAGUGACCGACCUCCUUGUAUCGCAUUAGUGAUCAUUUGUUCAAGAUCAACGGAAGUAAAGCAACUCGCGGGAUGUUAAAGUUUAUCUAUCUUAGUUUAUUUACAAUUGUUCCUGUUAUCAGUGGCCUAGAAGUGAAUGAAUCCUGCACAACGCCAUACAAUGCGCCGGGUAAAUGUGUGCCAUCGAGACAGUGCCCAUAUGUGAUUAAAAUUAUCCGCAAACCGAAUUCAUCCUUCAAAGAUGGAAUUUAUCUCGAAAAAAGUAAAUGUGGCGUGAUGACUGGACCACGACCAAUACCUUUGACAUGUUGUCCUGCUCUGCUGAAUCCGGAGCAGUGCGGAGUACCUGCUCUUGCCAACCGGAUUAUCGGAGGUGAACCAACCAAGCUGGAGGAGCAUCCAUGGGCGGCCUUGCUGGUAUUUGAUGUUGGCGGCGAAAAAUUUGCACCGAAAUGUGGCGCCUCGCUUUUGAAUUCCCGCUUCGUUCUAACAGCAGCCCAUUGCAUUGUGGAUGUUCCAAAAAAGUGGACAUUACAUCGUGUACGAUUCAGUGAAGUGGAUGCUCUGAGCGAAGAUGAUUGUGCUACGAUAAAUGAUGAAGAUGUAUGUCGGCAAGAAUACGAGAUAGAAAGUGUGACAGUUCAUGAAAAUUAUGACCGAAACAAGAUGAACCGCCAGCAUGAUAUAGCACUGAUCAAGUUAAAGGAACCGGUCGUUUUUUCAGAGUACGUAAGACCAAUUUGCGUACCCAUCGACGACACCAUUAGAGCAUUGCCCAUCGAUGAUGAAGAGUUUACUGUUACCGGAUGGGGUCAAACGGAGACGCAGACUCGAAGCGGUCAGCAGCUACACGUAGAAAUAUUUGGAAAAACUAAUGAAGUAUGUAACAAAGUUUAUGCUGUGGCUAACAUUACACUGGAGAAGACUCAUAUCUGUGUAGGUGGGACGAAAAACAAAGAUUCAUGCAAAGGUGACUCGGGUGGACCACUGAUGCGACAGUUCGAAGGCAUAUGGUAUCAAUCUGGUAUUGUUAGCUUCGGUGCCCGGUUUUGCGGUUCGGAAGGUUUUCCAGGAAUCUACACCAAUGUCGCUGAAUAUAUCGAUUGGAUGACCGAAGUGGUAAACGACAGUCAUGUCGAUCCAGAAAUGAGUGAAGAAGAGUGAAUGAAACCACGAACUUGUGUUUUACUAUCUAUUUCUAUGAGAAGCAAGUACGAAAAUAAAACAAGCUUUAUAGAAAA